CGAGCACUUCCCUUUCUCAGAGCUAGGCCCACCGCAGUUGUCAACGAUCUUCCUUCUCGCGGGCCAACAUGUCAUCCUCUGGUCACGCCGACACUGACACUUUGGCAGAGACUAUCGUCGAUCAUGGAGACAAGGACUAUCAAGAAUUGGCAGACGACAACGAGACGCUCGUUUCCCACGACAACAAAUCGCUCAAGUUCAAGAACGAUUCGGACGCGGAUUCGCUAGCCCUUGUGAAAGCGGAUGCUCUCGCUCGCUAUGCAGCAUUCUCCGGGGAGUCGUCUAGAACGCCACGACCUAUUCUCUUUCGUGUUAUAGGAGGCCUUGGCUCAUUGCCAUCACGCGCAAUGAGAUCCGUCAACUCGCUUGCGCAGCGUAUGCUUGCGCUCUGUAAUGCCGAGAUGCAAGUGCGGGGCGUUGUCCUUGCUAAUGCUGCUGUGAUCCAACGACGAGUAUCGCAAAAGGGAAAGCUUGCCAGCACUUCACGCAACUUUCUCUCCGAUGUCGGACCCAAACAGUCACUCGUACGAGACAAGAUUCGGAGCAUACAAAACACCCUCCAAGCCGCGAAGUCGCAUAACAAAGCUGCACCCGUUGACACGUACAAGGAUCUGCUUCUUCUACUGUGCACUGUUCUCCGGGCGCCCGCGAACACUUACAACGAGACGCUCGGCUGGCGUGUGUGGGAUACACUCACAGACGAGCUACUUGGACGGCACGUUCACCUCGUCGCUGAAGCGAUGUCUGCGCCAGAAUGCAUGGAUGAAGACAUUGGGACGCUACUGCGACAUCUCGCUCUAGCUCGCCUCAGUGGGUGGAAGAAGCACAGGGCGCUGAAUACCUUGGAUCCCGCAUCCAUUUUCAGUCUCGCUCGCUCCGCGUCUUUCUCUUCUGAGACCUACGAUGACUACCUCGCGCUGAACGAGGGCUUCUUCACACUUCUCCUCGAAGUCACGAGUAGGAGACCAGUCGCCGUCCGCGAAGCAUUUGACCACUACAUCCAUCUCGUUUGGUUCAAGUACGCUAUUACACCGCCGCUGAUGUCGAGGACCCCGCCGACGACAACGUGUUCCGCUCCCCAGAUCAAGUUCAGCUAUGUGCUCGACAACAUCGCGUACAUGCUGUGCCAGUUCGAGAAGCGUCUUGAUCCUUCUCUACCUAGGGAAGCAAGGAGCUUCGUCCAUCUCCUGACAUGCGGCACAGCUCCCGCCAUCAGCCUUGAGGGGGCCCCAGCUCAGGAAUACGUUAAAUGCGCAACAGCACAUGUCCGGAAGACUCUGGCUUGUAUCGCGGAUGCGUCCAAACCCCUGCCGACGUCCGAUCAAGACGGCGACUUCGAUCCUGCUCCUACCUGCUUCCACAUGGAAGGCAUGUACGAACUAUUCCAAGAACAUCCUGGAUUUGCCCUGGGCAGUCUUGUACAUCCGACACUCCCCAUAUUGCUCUUCGUAGCGGAGCUGGUCGAAAAUUCUCCGCGAGCUUCUGCUUCACUUCUUGAUAACUCGAACGUCGAAGGAACCCGACCCUUCCUGGAAAGUCUCCGCAUCCUAUGGAUGCGCUCCUUCCUCUUGCCAUGGGACUACCCGUGGGGUAUCUGGCAUGGCACAGGCCCUGGUCCAGGGCGAUGGGUGCAAAAGGAGAAGCGAUCUUACGCGUUACGGUUGGCGACAUGUCUCGUCCUUGCUAACUUGGCGAAGGCCGCACAUCGGGCACUGAGAGAAGGCGACCCAGAGCCGAUGAAGAUGCUCGCGGAGAGUGUGACCGCCAGGCGCAAAGUAGAGGCGUGGUUCUGGGAUGCCGCAGCCGCAACACUGUACUUCCACAUCCAUUUUACGGAGCUACACUUGAAGAAUCUUCGCGCGGUGGUACCAUUGUCCAAGGAGAAACAAGCGGAGACGGAUAUUUAUGGCCUCUAUGCGCUCUCUCUCCAGCAUAUUAGACCUCUAAUCGCAUACCUUACAUGCGAUAUGGAUAGGAAGCCUCCAACGCUGAAAGCGAAUGUACUCGAGAUGGAUCCGGAGAGCCUGGUGUGGGUCUUCGAGGAUGUCCCCGCCGAGCUCGGAUGCAAGGCGCUCUCUUCCAUUCUCACAUGCUCCACAGCGUCCACCGAGUGGUCGAUCGCACUCGAGAUUCUCGGUGCGUGCGACUCCUACAAUCAAGACAACUUCCGAAAAGCCAUCGGCGAGUUCAUGCUCAGCCUGCUCUCCAGCCGCGUCAAAGCGCCACGGCGCGUGUCCCGGGUUCUCAUGCCGACAAUGCGGUCGCAUAACAUGGCGUCCGACCCCCCGCCGCUGUUCAUGCCGCACCCCGCUGACCGUUUCCUCAUGCUGCUCGCCGGCGCCAUCCGUCGCAACGGACACAUCGGCAUUGCACUGCAGAGGGACGACAACACGAAGGAGCUUCUAAAGCGGCUGUUGUGCGACAUCGAGGGAGGUCGUUUCGAUUCGGAUAUCAGCGCCGAGGGCCGGAGUCCCUCGCCGCUCGACACGGAACAAAGGGAGUGGAGGACGCGAACAUGUCAGGCGCUGUGGUGUGUCCUGGGCUGAGCGCCAGGCACCUUCGACGGACUACUGGGUUCAUAUGUAAUUUAUAACUUGCACGGACAAUAGCUCAGCUUGUACUAUGGACUGCGCACGGCGCGAGUGUAGCAAUUAAUUUGCCACUAGGGCUGGGUGUCGCAUAAUGUAUUGGAUAAAU